AUGGUGUUCGCAAGCUUACUUUUGCUAGCCCUUGGCGCGAUCGUGAGCCAGACCACCCAUGUCGCCGCAUUGGGAUCAGCAUGUGGUGUGCCUCUCACUACAGGAAAUGCAUUGUGGGGAGAACCUUACUGGCUCGAAAACAUUCACCAUCAGGGUGUAGCACCGUUUGCACCUAAUGCGACGAAGUACAAAGUGUUUCGAAACGUGAAGGAUUAUGGAGCUGCGGGCGAUGGUGUGCAUGAUGACACUGCUGCCAUUAAUGCCGCGAUCUCCACCGGUAGCAGAUGUGGUAACUUGACUUGCGGUUCAUCAACAACCACUCCGGCAGUAGUCUACUUCCCAGCAGGAACCUACCUGGUGUCUACUCCACUCCAAGCAUAUUAUUACACAGUCAUGGUGGGCGACGCAAGAACACCUCCGACGUUGCUUGCCAGUGCUAACUUCACGGGACUAGCUGUAAUUGAUGCCGACCCGUACACCAACAAUCAGAAUUGGUAUAUCAACCAAGACAGCUUCUACCGGUCGGCGCGUAAUUUCAUUAUCGACCUCACACGAAUGCCUGCGAAUGCCUCGGCCACUGGUAUCCACUGGGAAGUAUCACAGUCGACGUCGCUGGUCAACGUUGUAGUCAACAUGUCUACCGAACCUGGAAACAAUCACCAGGGCAUAUAUAUGGAAGUUGGAAGUGGUGGCUUUAUGGGAGAUCUCGUAUUCAACGGUGGAAAGUAUGGUAUCUGGGUCGGAAACCAACAGUUUACCGUGCGUAAUCUCACUGUCAACAAUGCAAACACAGCUGUGUUUGGAUCGUGGAACUGGGGAUGGACUUACCAACGCGUCAUAAUUAAUGACUGUCAAAUCGGCUUCAAUCUUUCGGGUGGCGGGAAUGGAGGAGAGGCUAUUAUUGACGCAGUGAUCACAAACACUCCUGUCUUCAUCAAGACCCCCACGCCGACAAAUGUCUCCGUUGCAGGAUCCCUCGUAUUGAAUAACAUCCAACUCAAUAACGUGUCCACCGCUGUCAUGGAAAACGGAACUACUAUCCUUGCUGGUGGAACAAGGACCAUUGAAUCGUGGGGCAAGGGUAACAUUUAUACAGGGACGCACCCGAACGGAACGUUCACACAGGGCAAGAUACACUCCGCGCAUAAGGACUCGGUCCUUUUGGACCACAAUGGCUUCAUUGUCAGCAAAGGACAUCCCAUGUAUGCUGACUAUUCAGUCGAUCAGUUCAAGAGCGUCAGGUCAUUGGGAGCCGUUGGAGAUGGGAUGGCGGAUGACACUGAAGCUAUUAAAGCUGCGCUCGCAAAGUACGCUGGAUGCUACAUUAUAUAUUUCGAUGCUGGCAUCUAUAAGGUUACUUCAACUAUACAUGUUCCGGCAGGAACACGAAUUGUUGGAGAGGCUUGGACCCAGAUUAUGGGCGCCGGCCUUAAUUUCAAUAAUCAGGAAGACCCCAACGUUGUUGUACAAGUCGGUACACCUGGCUCGCAGGGAAUUACAGAGAUUACAGAUAUGGUGUUCACGACGCAAGGACCAGCUGCAGGCGCCAUUGUCGUGGAGUGGAACGUCCGCGAUCCCCCUGGUCUCCAAGGAGCUGCAGGAAUGUGGGAUUCGCACAUCCGGCUCGGGGGAGGCAAGUUUGAAGUUUUAUCGCAUGCGGACAUUGAUUUAUUACUCUUUAUUCUAGCUAAUGGGACCCACCUCCAAGACGCAGAGUGCCCCGCGGGGUCCUUUAAUCUCGAAUGUUUUGCAGCUUUCCUUGGUUUACACAUCACAUAUGGUGCAUCAGCUUACCUUGAGGGAACAUGGGUUUGGCUGGCGGAUCACGAUCUCGACGGCUCUGACCAGUUAACCUUGUUCAGCGGAAGAGGAAUUUUGUCUCACUCUCAGGGUCCUGUCUGGAUGAUUGGUACAUCGGAACAUCAUAUACUCUACCAGUAUAGUUUAGUUGGGGCGAAAAACCAUUACAUGGGUCUAAUCCAGACUGAGACGCCUUACUUCCAACCUGAUCCUGCACCGCCAGGGCCAUUUGAUAUUUCAAAUGUUUACGAUGAUCCGACAUUUGCAAAUGACACAACUAUGGCUUGGGGUCUCUGGGUGCAAUCAUCCACUGAUAUCAUCGUGUUUGGUGCCGGUCACUACAGUUUCUUCCAGAACUACAGCGCGACAUGUGAGGGUAACACUACAUGCCAAACACAGAUUGUCAACGUGGACUGGGCCUCUUCCGUCAGCAUCUACAGUUUGGCAACCGUGGGGACAACAUACCAGAUUAGCAUCGAAGAGAACGGGAUCAUUUAUUUCGCGAACGACUCGGAAGGCUUUUCGUCCACCGUGACGCUAUGGAGCCCUGCACCGGCUAUCUACCCAUAAAAUUUAUAUCCUAUAGACUCUAUACGCCCCCUGUUUAUUUCCCCGACCACGAUUAGUGGAAGAGAUUUCUUAUAAACGUACAUUUCUCUGCAAACGCGUAUGUGCAAACUUAUUUCUUCAAUGCC